AUGGCUGCAGCCACAGUGGCAGCCCUGAACUUCGACGACUGUCACACCCUUGACAAGGAAUGGGUCCUCCAAACAUCACACCAGGACCCAGUAUAUCAGCUGUUGGUGGCCAAGGUGCUGGCAGGCAACUGGCAUCCCCACAGAGCCCAGGAGAUUGAAUGCCUGCGGCCGUUCUUCAGCGUCAGGGACAGGCUGUCGGUGUCACGUGGCCUGGUGACCUACACAUACGACCAGGGACACGUGCAUCUAGUUAUUCUUGAGGGGCUUUGCCAUCAAGUGGCAGCAAACCUGCAUGCAAGCCACCAGGGCCUGGAUUCCAUGCUGAGAAGGACCAGGCAGAUGGUGCACUGGCCAGGCCUGGAAGGGGACUUACAGUACCACCAGUCUUCCUGCGACGUUUGCAACGCCCACACACCAUCACAGCCCCCUGAGCCACUGAUCCUCACGCCAGCCCCUGAGUAUCCUUUCCAUCAGACAGUGGUGUAUGUCUUCCAGCUGGACGGGUGCUCGUACUUGGCUUAUACUGACAGGUUGACUGGUUGGGUAGAGGUAGCGCAGCUGCCCAGUAGUACAACCUCGAACAAGAUUAUGAGCCAGCUGAGGCUCUACUUCGUGAGAUGGGGCGCGCCAGAGCAGGUAUCAACAGAUGGCAGGACCAAUUUGGUGAGUGAGGAGAUGACGGAGUUCUUCAAGAGAUGGGGUGUCACUGUACAUCCUUCCUCAGCUCACUACCUGCAAAGCAACGGGCGUGCAGUACCAUUAUCAUGCCCCUGCACAAUCUCCGAGGGAGGGAAAUUGUAG